AUGGCUUUGUCAAGUGUCAAGAAAGAAAUCAACGAGACAGCCAUUAUAAGCCUUGUAGAGGCUCUACCAGACGAGUUAUUGGCAAAUAUAGUGGGAAAGGUUGCAACUUUCUCAAUGGCUGAUUUAUUCAAAACCACAUUGAGUUGCAAAGAUUUUUGUAAAGCUUUAGAAGAUCCUCAUGUUUAUCAACAUGCAGCACUAGAUAAAUUUGCAUUGAUUCCACUUGCAUGGUUCACCAGUGAAAAGGAAACCAUGUUCUUGAGUCGUUGUAGGGAAAUGGGUAAUUUGGAGAUUAUUUACCGUGAAGGAAUGGUGCAAUAUUUUAGCACUUUGAUGGUGAAUUUAGGUUUUGACAAUCUGAAAAAUGCUGCAUUAGGGGGUCAUCAUGAAGCUAAAUAUGUAUAUUCUAUGCUUUUGAUGGCUAAUGCUGAAAAUGGAGAAGAAAGAAAAUUAGGGUUUGAUCUCUUUGGUGAACUGAAAAAUUCAUCGUGCAUUAGUCUUGUGAGUUGCAGGAAGAGAGUGCAGUCAUUUAUUAAAAGCAUGUGGUUGAGAAAUUCGGUGGUGGUUCAAAAUCAAGAAUUGUCUUUGUGUUGUUCUAGCACAUGUCAGAGCGGUGGUGGGACAGAAAAGGUGGUGAAAAAACAUUCACUAUGGAGGCAAAUUGAUGAAUUUGAUAAUGAUGUUAGUUUUUCAUGCAAAUAUUGCGACGGGAAUCAUGAAUUGGGUUUAUUUUGUAAGUUGUUUCAAGUCUAA